GUACUCAGUUAUCUGGUUCUGUCAACUCCGCUUCAUCCACACGACUCUUGGCUUAGUUAUUUCAUUUUUUCCUCCAGUCACGCGACUCUCUUGUGUAGUAGUAGCCUUUGUCAUUCGUUGUUAAUAACAGUAGCCUCUCUCGUAUCCACCACAGGGUCUUCGAACUCUUGCGCGUCGGAUUGUUUUCCACGUCUUUUCGCCACUCUCGCGAAUUCGCACAUGGGGACCCAAGCUCUACCACUUCGCAGUUUCACGCAGGCGCUUGUUCCUGGGAGAUUAGACUCGGUUAAGAACGGCGCCGAUGUUUCAAGGACGGCGCAACAAGGGCGUAGAGUGGUCUGUUCGCUACCAAGCGACGGCGCUUUUCCUUCGCUUCCGAGUGACGGCACCUUCCCUCCAAGGCACAGAGCCAAGUCGUUCGACGUUCCUCGAGCCGUCGCAGAUGGCUUCCAUUCUCACGCCCACGACAUGGGCGAGGAGGAGAAGCAGCGGCUGAUUGCGGAGGAGAUAGUGAAGAUAGAGCAGCAGACGCGGGCGAGGGAAGAUCAGUUGAAAAAGGCCGCGCUUAAAGCCCACCUGGACCACGAGCUUCGAUUCGGCAAGAUCAUGAUCUCUCAGGAGAAAUACACUACCGCCAUAGCGCAUUUCGACAAGGUGCUCGGCCAAUCAGAGGACGACACGUAUCACCACGGCGAAGCCUCCCUCCAAAAGGCCGCCUGCCUUGAGAAGCUCGGCGCGCACGACGAAGCGCGACGCCUUUAUAAAGCCCUCUGCCACUUCCGCGGCGCGGACCACCAUAUUAAGAGACGCGCCGCGCAGGCCCUGUUCGAAGGCGACUCGCACAAUCCCGCAAAGCAGCAGCAGACGCAGCAAACUUCGAGCGAAAGACCGUCGUCAUUAGACGACUACAUGUAUAAGAUGUUUCUAUCCGGCUUCGGAAACUACACUCUGAGUGGGCGGAAGCAGGAGGAGUCGAAGCAGGAGAGGGUGCUGCUACAGGCGCUGCCGUGGAUGCUGGUGCUCAUGGCGCCCGCCAUGGCUAUAGGGCUGAUGCUGGCCAAGGGGGGAGAGUGACACCAUUGUAAGGGGGGAGAGUGAUGCAAGGGGGGCUGACGUUGGGAGAGGGUGGGGAGAGGGGUAGGUGAGAGGACGAGGUAGCAUGGAUGCUGGUGCUCAUGGCGCCGGCCAUGGCUGUAAGGCUGAUGCUGGAUAAGGGGGGAGAGUGACACAAUGAUGUAUGGGAGGAGAGGAGAAGUGUGCUGAGUAGGAAAGGCGAUGUAGGGAAGCACAUGUGUGUGCUGGGAAGCACAUGUGUGUGCUGGGAAGCACAUGUGUGUGCUGGGAAGCUAUGGGGAGAGGGGUGGUUGGUGCUGAUCGUGCCGGCCAUGGCUGUAGGGCUGAUGCUGGCCAAGGCGGGGGAGUGAUGCAAUGUUGAGAACGGCUGGUUGGGGGAAAGGAGGAGCGGGAGUUACGGCAGGAGAGAGGGUGCUGCUGCAGGCACUGCCCUGGAUGUUGGUGCUCAUGGCGCCGGCCAUGGCUACAGGCCUGAUGCUGGCCGAAAGGGGAGAGUGAUACAGUGUGAGGGAACCCAGUUGUUUCAGUGUGAGCAGUGAAGCAUCAGGCUCAGGUGCUGUCGCCACCUCACUCUUGUCUUACGGUGCCAGUGGCUCUACUGACGGCGCUGCUGGUGCUGCUGCCUCGGCCAGCUCUUUCUCCUGAUAUUUCUAUUCUCUGAUAUGCAGGUUUCUCUGGGUGUCUUCAGAUUGAUGUGUGCGUGUUGUGUUGUGUGCUUGCGUGGCGCUACUUUGUACAUUUAAAUUGUCACAAAUUGUAGAGUUAUCCGUCUCUUGGUGUGCUGUGAAGUAUUGAGUAUGCAUUG